AUGCACAAGACUCGAGUAUUUGGACAGAGUCACUGGAUUCAUGGCGUCGCUCAGGUAAGCACCAAACACUGCAGGCCGAACACAAUUAACCGAGACCAGUUGCAGGAUAUCUUACACCAGUGUGAGCCUAUUAUGUUCAGGGAGAAUUCGAAGGCUAUUUUGGAUUUGAAAAAGUGCAAAUAUCUUGGGAAAAUCAUCAAAGAUCAACGAACACCCCCGUGGCCAACUGCCCCGAUGUCGGAGCUGCCUCCGAAGGACCUGGCAGAUGCGCUCGUUGAUAUCUAUCUCCGCACCUUUGAGUCCAGGUACCGUGUGCUACAUAUUCCGACAUUCCGCCGCGACUAUGAGGCACUGUGGGGAACCGAAGAUCGCGAUCUGGAAUUUGUCUUGCAACUGAAGUUAGUCAUGGCUAUCGGGGCCGUUAUAUACGAUGAGAAUUACUCCUUGCGAGCGAGUUCGAUUCGCUGGAUAUACGAGGCACAGACAUGGAUAGCCGAGCCAGAUUUCAAAGCUCGACUCACAACUCAGUUCAUUCAAACAAACAUCCUCCUGUUAUUGGCAAGGGAGGUUGUUGGGGUCAGUGGAGGAUUGGUUUGGAUCUCUGUUGGAGAACUCCUUCGAACUGCAAUCUACAUCGGGCUACACCGAGACCCUUCAUAUCUCCCAAGAAUCAGCAUCUUUGAUUCCGAGAUACGUCGGCGACUCUGGAACACCAUCAUUGAAAUGGCCCUGAACGCGAGUUUAGAGUCUGGUGGACCUCCCCUGUUGAGCUUUGAUGACUUCGAUACUCAUCCACCGGGUAACUUUGAUGAUGAGGAUAUCAUGGCUGAAGAUCCGAUGCCAAAGCCGGACGGAACUUUCACUCAGAUGUCAAUCCCGCUCGCCCUUCGAAAGAUGUUCGAGGCUCGUCUUGGUAUUGCGAAAUCCUUGAAUUGGAUUGGCAUGCACAGCUGUUACGAAGAAGUGCUACGCCUGGAUGUGAAUCUUCGCACUUCAUACAAGCUGGUCUGUCGCACACUAGACAGUUAUCAUUCCAGUAGAUCGCCAUCUCCCUUCAAAACUCGAACACUCGAUUUUAUCGUACGUCGCUACCUUUUAGCACUUCAUAUCCCCUUCUUCCCAGCAUCUUUCGAAGACACCGCAUAUGCAUUUUCCAGAAAGAUAGUCGUGGACACGGCGCUUCAAGUUCGGUGCACCACCAACCCAUCUUCGGGAAUAAUGGUAACUAGACACGACAAUCAAACUCCAUCAGAUGAUCUCUCUCGACUCACGAUAUGUGGAAUGGGACCCCUGCGCUUGAUAACCCUCCAAUCCUGUUUUCUCAUAGCAACCGAACUCCGAAAACAACUACAAUACGAAGAUAAUCUUGGAUCUAUCCCCCUUCGUCGUGACCUUCUGACUGUCGUCGAGGAUUCACGGGAAUGGUGUUGGAAGUGCUUGGUUGUCGGCGAGACUAAUACAAAGGGGUAUCUGAUGUUGGCGCUCAUAAACACGCAGAUCCAUGCGCUUAUGUCAAGGAUCCCGGAUGAUGAGUUUCCGAAACUUCUUAUGCGGUCGGCUGAGGAGAAUUUGGCGAAAUGUUUAGCAUUGUUUGAGGAAAGAGUUGGAAAGGGUGAUGAGGUGCAGGUGGGAUUAGAUGGGAUCAAUGAUAUGGUUUUCGAAGGUCUGCUUGGCUCGAAAGGAGAUUGGAACUUCAUGGUAUGGUUCAUGUCGCAUUGUUCUAGCUUUUACUAA